AUUUCAAUGGUCUGAAGACAUGUGUCCUCGAUUCUUAAUGUGACGUGUUUUUUUACACAAUGCGUUGAAUUUUAUCUGUUACAUUAAUCUGACUUGUUCGGUAUAUAUUAUCAAUAGAUAUACGCGCUUGCUAUGGCAUAUAAAUGAUCAAUAAGCGAUGAUAAGUGACUGAUUCGUAACCUAACGGUAUUCUAAACAUUUCGAGGUAAAAGUAUCGCUCAGCAUUUCAUCAAGUGAAUAUUUUUCGAUGUGGAGUAUCACGUAUUGCUUUUCGUUUGCAGUCAGUGAGUAUUUAGUACUGAAAGGUGCAACUAGUCGUAAUGAUACAAGGAGUUUGCAGGAAAUUCUGCAACAUCAUGUAUAAAGUAACAUCUGCAGAAAAAAAUUAUGGAAUGGCGCAAAUAGCACCAUUGCAGAGAGCUGCUUUGAAGGAGCGUUGUAUACUUGUGGACAAGUUGGAUAGACCUAUUGGCGAAGCUACCAAAGAAUUCUGUCAUGAAAUUAAUGUGGAAGGAACUGUACCACUUCACAGAGCAUUUAGUGUUUUCCUGUUUAACAAUAAGGGAGAGUUGUUACUUCAAAAGCGAUCCAGUAGUAAGGUGACAUUUCCAGAUCAUUAUACAAAUACGUGCUGCAGUCAUCCGUUAGCAGAGAUUCCUUGUGAAACAGAAGAACAAGAUACUAUAGGCAUACGCAAAGCAGCAAUAAGAAGACUCAAUUAUGAGUUAGGCAUAUCUAUUGAGGAGAUCAAACCUUCUGAUUUGUUUUACUUGACAAGAAUUUAUUAUGAAGCAGUUAGUGACAAUCGUUGGGGCGAACACGAAAUCGAUUAUGUACUGUUUGUGCAAAAGGACGUCACCAUAGAUCCCAAUCCUGAUGAAGUGAGCGAAAUUCGAUGGGUGUCUAGAUCGGAGAUUGAGAACUUUGUGAAAACUGUGACACCAUUAACACCGUGGUUCCGUUUGAUUUAUCAACAUAAAUUACUAACUUGGUGGGACAAUUUACACGCUUUAAAUAAAAUGCAAGAUGUUGAUAAUAUAAUUGCAUUGUCGAAUUGACCCAUGGAAAUGCACAAAUCUUAUCGUCAAAGUAACUCGUUCAUACAAUUAUAACGUUGUUUAUGUACAACUCUCUGAACAGAUAAUUUUCUAUAAUUUGUAUUAUAGAAUUGGAAAUAGAUAUUAGAUAUGUGGGA